AUGGAGAGCUAUCGGGUUUGCCAUGUUCUAAUUGUCGACAAGUCGAUUCAGGUUCUUUGUGCCGAUUUGCAGACAACCCUAGACGCAGGUUUAAAAAGAGAGCCCACGGAGAAUGGCCUCCUGGUUACGUUUGAGGACCCAGCGCAGCACAACCAGGAGAAAAUGGAGUCUCCCUCGGUGACCCCUGGGAUACUGAAUCCCAUUUCGCCAGACGUUCAUCCCGACUGGACGUUGUUUGAGCGGCCACCGCUGCCAGCAGACGAUCUUGAAUAUUUGCAAAAGAAGGGAGCUCUAAUCGUCCCGGAGACAGCCCUGAUGGUCGACCUACUGACCGCAUAUUGCGACUGGAUACACCCUCAGCUGCCCAUUAUCGAUUUACACUCAUUCCUAAGAUCCCUGAGCGGCAACGGCUCUAAGGCGAGCAUUCUUUUACUCCAGACCGUCCUGUUUACGGGCGCAGCCCACGUCGCAGAGGAAGCAAUCAACUCAUACGGGUUUGCCUCCCGGGACUGUCUACAAGAAACACUAUAUCAGCGGGCAAAGCUUCUCUGUCACUUUGAAGCGGAGAGAGAUGUUUUAGUUCUCGCCCAGGCUCAUCUUCUGAUGUCAGUCAGCCACCAAUGCUCGAAGGCGAGUACAAUCUGGCAUGCCCAAGCUCACCUCUUUGUCCAGAAGCUCGGACUGGAAGACAAGAGAACUUAUUUGGUAGUAAAGUCCGCCCUAUCGAGGCUAUAUAAGAGGCUAUGGUGGUCCUUGUUUGUGCGAGACUAUACGCUCAAGAUGGAGAUUGGAGCUGCUCAACAUUUCCAGGAGACAUCUUAUCAAGUCCCGGACUUGACACUUGACUGCUUCGAUACCUCGGCGUUUCCGUUGUUUGCUCAACAAAUGCUCCCACGAGCCAAGAUUUUGAAAGAGACACAUCUAUAUCUCCGAUUAGCAUGGUUGGCGAUUCAAAAGGCCGAACUGGUAUGCCACCUGCGCGAGAUCUAUAUGGUGAGAUCCCAGGGCGAUCGGGCACGAUAUCACCGCAUAUUCAGGUUUCUGGAGCAGAACCUAUCGGCUUGGGUUUCCGGCUUUGACGUGGGCCUUCCGUAUGAUCCGGGAGAGUGUCAGGUGUUCGAUUAUCACCGUGGCCUUCUGAUGAUCUCCUACUUCAGUACAUCGAAUAUACUGCUCCAGGGAUUUUUACAGCCACCCCAUACAGGAGAAGGGGAUUCUCGCAUUCGGCUGAAAGUGGAAACAAACACUCGCAGGCUCCUUGAGCAAGCCGACGAGCUGUAUCAAUCCGAAAGACGACUUCCGCCUACCCUGGGUAUGGGCAUGAUAUACAACGCGAUCAGCCUGUAUCUCGAGCUUGAGGAAUGGAGACGAACCAGAACGGCGGAGCUAGCCUCGCUUGAACCAGCUUUCAGGUGCCUCGCUGGGUUGAAAAGGUCUGCACCAAAGGAAACUUCUCUGCAGAUGGCUCUCGGUCAUUUGCAAAAUAGGAUCACAAUCCUGGAAAGGUCAAAGGUUACCGGAAUCAAAUAUGACCUCCCAUUACUCGAAACGUCGCCAUCAGAUAUUGACUUUCUUACGCCCGUGAAGUUCGAAGCCUGGCUGGACUACGAGCUCGAUGGCAGCAAAAGACCGGACCUUGUUACAUGCAUGAGUCCAGCCGGCCAAUUGGAACGGGCUGCCCAGGGCCCGUAA